AUGACGCCGAAUUCUCGUGGCUGGAUCUGGUCCCUUGUGGCUGUAGCGGGAACAGCAGCCGCGGCGACUAUCGUCUACAAAUAUGCGACACGAGGAGAGCGUGAUCGUCGAGAGAGUGAGACGAUUGCGACUGUAGAGAUUCAAGAAAGCGAAGACGCGGACUUCGAGUGGCUGUCCGAGGAUGAAACGGCUGAGGCUGACGCAGAUACAGAGCAGCAGCAGAUGGCAGUAGACCGAGGGAAGAACAUGUUGCUGGCCACGUUUGGACUUUUGCUCAUGGUGUUGGUGACGAUCGUGUCACUGAUCAUUGCGUGGAACAAUGAAGACAACGAGUAUUUUUUUGUUGAGCUGCCCAUGUUUCAGCCACUUAUGUGGAUUGCCGUUGGUAUUUUUACAGCUGCCAGUACGGAACUUUUCAUGCGCUCGUCGAGGAAUAACUUACGUAUCCCAUUUCUCACGGAUAAAGCAGUAUAUCCACACUAUUCGAGCGACUUUGAGCUUAUCGGACAGCACGAUAACGAACAAGCGUCUGAAGGUUCUGAUAAGGCUGAACAGAAUGCGUCACACCUGGCUCAUGGUGCAAGCAAAGACGACGAAGAGAAGGACAGUGUGCCCGAAGACGUUGGGGCAAUAAUUGAGCGCGCAGAUGAACUCUUUGAGCAGGAUCAGCACGCCCAGACACGAGAGUAUAUGAAAUCUGAGUUGUCAAAAUACCCUUCAAGCGUUGAUAUGUGGUGGCGUUUGGCUCGUGCGUGCAACUACCUUGCAGAUGAGAAAAGUAAUUUUGACGAGAAGAAGACGUUAGCAUAUGAAGGCUUGGCUGCUGCAGAGAAGGCGUAUGCCCUCAACAGUGAUUCGGCAUCGUCGAAUAAAUGGAUGGCCAUCAUGACCAGCACUGUAGGGAAUUUCCGCGACUUGAAGGAGAAGAUUGCAGGGGCUUACGUUAUUCGGGAUCAUAUUCAACGAGCAAUCGAGCUGGACCCAAAUGAUGCCACCUCGCACAAUAUCCUUGGGCAGUGGUGCUUGGCUUUUGCUGAUAUGACUUGGAUUGAAAAGCGCGCCGCUGCUGCACUGUUUGGUACGCCACCUACUGCAACGUAUGAGGAAGCCUUGCAGCACUUUCAGACAGCAGAAAACAUUAGUCCCGGGUUCUGGAAGAAAAACGUGUUUCUCCUAGCACAGACCUAUAUGAAUAUGAAGCGAACGAAAGAUGCUGAGAAGUGGGCACUAAAGGCUGAGGCGGUGCCGUUGAAGACGAAGGAGGAUGAGGAAGUAGCACGCGACAUUGCAACACUGAUAAAGCAACUGAAGCUGUAG